ACCCACCAACACCCCACCCACCCACACUCACAUCCAUAUCCGCACCCCACACCCACCCACACCCACACCCACACCCACCCACACCCUCGGAGUCCACAAAUAUUAAUGAAACAACAGGGGUUACAUAGUAGGAUUCUAGUUGAAGAAGAAAAAGCUAACUUAGAGCAAUAAGUAUAUGAUGAGUUCUGGUAGAUUCCGAUGGAUUUUGACUAAUACAGUGGUAAUCAGAAUCUGUAGUCAUCCGGUGGGAUCUACUAGGAUUCGGAUCACUUUCCUUAUCUUCAAAUUAUAAUGUUGAAAUUAUAGUGUAGUUUGAUAGACAACAAUGAAUUCGAAUACUUUUUAGCGAAUUUCAUCAAACUUUGGUAAAUCUUCUUGACUUUGCAUAGCUUUCAACACACUCUGAUACAGUCCGAUGAAUACGUUUUAGGAUCAAUUAGAAUUUAUUACGAGCCGUCAGGUUCUGAAGACUGAAGGUCUAUGUUUUCUCGGUUUGUUUAUGAUGAACAUGUUUCGAAAUAUUGUUAAAUAAGAAAGACCAAUACUCUAUAAAAUGCGUCAUUCACCCACAUCCUCUAUUGUGUUCUAAAGUGAUAGCUGAAAAAGAAUGAGAAAGAGAAAAGAGAAGAGAAGAAACACGCAAGCAAGAAUAUAUUUGUACAUAUAGAUGGCGGAUCACUUGGAUAUUUUCCAAGAAAGAAAAACAAGUAUAGAAUUACCGAAAAAGAAGGAAUAUUUGCCAGUAUAAAAGAAGAUAAGUGAAAUGUAUGAUCACACUAAGCAUUUAAGUGCACUAAGCUUAACACAUUCUCCUCUUAUUACCGUAUGUUUUAUUCUAACAAUGUGCAUAGAUAUAUAUCAAAUCUUUCUUUUUUUUAGAUGCAUCGAAACCAAUAGUUUUUGACAACAGUUGCGACUCGUGCAUCUGUACGUAAAUAAAUGAAAUAUAUCUAGUCUCUUUUUAUAAAACUUUUUGUAUUCAGACUGACAUUCAACCACGAUUUAUUGAUAUUAUUAAUGUGUUAUGGGUUUACACAUUAGGCUUUUAUUUGCCGACGGUCAUCAUUUUAUUCAAGAUGUUAUUAUAGCUGGUAUUGCCACAUUUAAUCAAGGUCGAAAUUUUUGGUCAGCAAUGUUAAUCUUGUUAACGGGUUUUAUCAUGGGGUUUAUUCAUACACGACCUACUGUUAUAUUAUCGGUAUUUUUGACUCCUUAUGCACCGAAUGAAGAAAGUUAUAGUGUUACAACUACAGAACAAACAUCAUUAUUACAAUCAGCUGAUGACGAUGAUAAUUCACUCAUAGAUUCCAUGAGAGAUCAUCAAAUAGGUAAUUUUGAACGUGCUAGUGUUUCUGAUUAUACUCACUCUAUUAGUAAACCAUCUGGCUCUACUGAUAGUGAAAAUGUAUCCAUAUUAUCAAGACAGACAACAGUAAAUGGUAUAACUACGACUGAUCUUGUAUUCGAUCAACCACAAACAAAUUCUCAACGUUAUCCUUAUUCACAAAUACCACAUAUUGUUUUACGUCAAUCAAGUUCUGAAGAAAAAGAUAAUAAUAUAACAACAAGUACAUCAUAUGGAAGUUUUCAUGAUUCUCCAUCAGGAUCAUUUACAACACCUCAUGCUGCUAAUUUUCUUGAUGGUUCACUCGAUGGUACAAGUGAUGAUACAAAUAUAGCAGCACGUUCUGUUAUAGAAGGUGUUAGCGACAUGAAAACAGAUGAUAAUGGUGAACCAAUAAAUUCAGCAUUGCCUGAUGGAAGCAAGCAAGCAAAUAUUCCUAAUGGGACAACAACAGAUUAA